UUGCAGCAUUUUUUUUACGAUUUUUUGUGAAAUGCUGAUAUCAAAAUUUCGGUGGCGAAAAGUGCUUUAACCCAUUACCAACAGAUCAUUUUAUCUCUGAAGUAAUAUUUGGAUAUAAAUAACUUGAACAGGAUGUUAAGAACUAUUUUUUUUAUCCUGUUAGUUGUUUUGGAUAUAUCAUAUUGUCGUCGCUAUAAUAUAGAGCAAGAAUCCCAAUAUAUUUACAAGAGUGACUUAAGGUCCAUUAUAGAGAGAUUCAGGCGUACCCCCGAAUAUCUGAAGAUUUUAGAAGAUGAGAUGGUUCUGCUAAAUAAUAAUCGAAGAAGAAUCACUGAGAGUAUUUCGCAUUACUACCACAAGAAACUUAGCCAGAGGAUAAUAGAAAUGUUUGGAGGCAACGGUUCCGCAUCCUUAAGAAGUAACAGCCAGCACAGAUUUAGAAAACGGGACAAAUUUGUCAGAAAAAGAAUGAAGGGCAAAAAUCUAAGUUUGGACGAGUAUAAAAAAUUCCAUAUGUACCUGAAUUUGGACCAAAGAAAUCGUAUGAAAACUUUGGGAUUCGAAUAUGCUGGUCUUGUCAUUCACGGAUUGGUCAGUCAUUUGUUACCGGACAGCGUCGCACCGACGUCCACACUACAGCCCUACGACAAGGGAUCAGGAUUUAGUUCAACUGUGAUUCAUCAGGACCACGUGGUAACCGACAUCACGCAGAUAGACACGACGAGAGAUUCAACCGAUAACACUGGCACGACACAUCAUCUUCACAAACACGAAACAGAUGCUUCGUAAUAAAAAAUAUUUGUACAAUGUUUACUUAAUUAAUUUGGACUAUAUCUUUUCUUAGUAAGUUUCGACUAAACAAUGAUUUUUAAGGAGGCUUAAUGUGACAAUAAAAAAAUGUACUAUUUAAUAUUUUUCAUAGUUAUCGAACUCGGCGCAUACACUUAUAAUAUUAUUUUAACAUUCAUACAGACUUUAUGUAAUAUAACACAAACAAAAUCUG